AUGGGCGGACGUCUUCCCUCUUGCCCGCCAUUCGAGCCUUCACCCCGAAGACAAGAAAAGGAGACAAAGACGUUUUCGCCUGGAGCUAUUUCUACAAUAGGAGCGACCAGUUGGUUCACCACUGCUGGUUCAAUUCUUUUUUCCCUAUUCAAGAUCACUGCAGUUCCUUUUCGGGCUAUUUCUUUUUUUUUCUAUAUGGUUCUUUUGGCUUGGCCCAAGCAUCACGAUCACGGGAUAUGCUGCAGCUGGUCCGGUUGGUUUCAACCUAUUUGCCUUAAGCCCUUCCGAUCACCCGAGAAGCCCCCGAUGAACCGCAUAUCUUAUCAGAACCAGAACUACCACAGAGAAGGACCAGAAGUUAGCACCACUUUUCGAUCAGCUCAUGUCUCGGAAAAACUACAUCCAAAACUAGACACCGGUUUCACGAGGCAGCUCAGCAGCAGGGACGAAGCACUUUCACUUAGCGCAGAUCAAGCGAUGGAAGAUUAG